AUGGCGUUUCAUGUUUACGAAAAACAUAAUAGUCGAAUAUCACCCACACACGCGAGGGAGUUUUUCACAUACACACAGCUUUUGUGUUGGGGGCGGCCCGGUGAGUAUAAAUGCGACGCGCGGCCGAUCAGCCCCACAUUCCCGCUCGUUUACUCACUUGCAACACACGCUCUCACAACUUCUAAAAUGUCUCUAUACGCGAACAACGAAUACAUCAUCUCAACAAACAACUCGAUCAACGAGAACAAAUAUAACAGUGAAAAAAUGAAGAACAGUGGCUUCAAAGCGCUAUUAAAGCCUUUAAUGAGAAUCAUCAAGAAAACAACGAAGCGAUCUCCCGCCAAAAUGAUUGACACGUGCAUCGAGGCUGAGCAAAACUCGUGCAACGAAGCGCUCGAACGCAAGAUCUUCAAUGACAUGGAAGCUUGCCAGUCCGCCGCCUUCCUUGUCUGCAACAAGGACGAGUCCUACGACCUUGUGCCAGUUUCUCGUGAAGACUUCUACAUCCCUGUGCACUUUGCCCGCACUGACGCCGGUACCUUCUUUUGGACCACAGUAUCCAAAUCGGAAACUGACUUCGCAGCGGCCCACUAUUACACCGAGUGCCAAACCGCCGAACAGCAGUACCCAGUCAUGCAAGACCGUUGGGUUCAAGCUUAA